AUGGCGCCUAGCGCUGUAUCGCCCGUAAGGGAAACAAACCCUGAACCCCUUGCAACUCUAACCUCCAAAUUCGACGACACCCUCCGAUUCUACCUCAACGGAACAAAGGUUGUCCUGGACGAGAUAGACCCAGAGGUCACAGUUUUGGAAUAUUUGCGAGGAAUUGGCCUCACAGGGACAAAACUUGGUUGUGCUGAAGGCGGGUGCGGAGCGUGUACAAUAGUGAUAAGCCAGUAUAACCCAACUACCAAGCAAAUCUACCAUGCCAGCGUCAAUGCGUGUCUGGCCCCUCUCGCCAGCUUAGAUGGCAAACAUGUCGUCACGGUUGAAGGCAUUGGCAACUCUCAGAAACCUCACCCAACCCAGGAACGUAUCGCCAAGUCAAAUGGCAGUCAAUGUGGUUUCUGCACUCCUGGUAUUGUAAUGAGCCUGUAUGCUCUAUUACGGAACAACAACUCCCCUUCCAAGGAUGACAUCGAGGAAGCAUUUGACGGCAACUUGUGCCGUUGUACCGGCUACCGUUCUAUCCUGGAUGCCGCUCAAACAUUCAGCGUUGACAAGCCCGGUAUGAAGUUCAAGAAAGCCGGUGGUACCGGGUGCUGCAUGGAGAACGGCAAUGGCCCGCCUAGCGGAGGUUGCUGUAUGGAUAAGGCGAACCUCGACGAUAAGCCCAUCAAGAGAUUUACGCCCCCAGGAUUCAUCGAGUAUAACCCAGAUACAGAGCUCAUCUUUCCCCCUGCUUUGAAGAGACACGAGUUACGGCCACUAGCUUUCGGAAACAAGAGACGGAGGUGGUAUCGCCCUGUCACUGUCGAGCAACUCUUGCAGAUCAAGAGUGCUCAUCCCCAAGCCAAAAUUAUUGGUGGCAGUACAGAGACCCAGAUCGAAACCAAGUUCAAAGCUCUUGAAUAUCCUGUCUCUGUUUACGUUGGAGAUAUCGCUGAGCUACGGCAAUACAGUUUCAAGGAUGACCACCUCGAGAUCGGUGGUAAUGUUGUUCUGACCGACCUAGAAAACAUCUGCGAACAUGCUAUCCCACACUACGGGCGAGAACGCGCUCAGGUCUUUGAGGCCAUGCUCAAACAACUCAAGUUUUUCGCUGGUCGACAGAUCCGAAAUGUUGGAACACCAGCUGGUAACUUGGUCACAGCAUCACCAAUCUCGGAUCUCAACCCUGUGCUAUGGGCUGCGAAUGCUGUACUAGUGGCGAAGUCAUCUACCAAGGAAAUUGAAAUCCCAGUCUCUCAGUUCUUCACAGGCUACCGAAGGACAGCACUCGCCCAGGAUGCAAUUAUUGCCUCAAUACGCAUCCCAGUCACUCAAAGCAAAGGCGAAUACUUCCGAGCCUACAAGCAGGCAAAAAGAAAGGACGAUGACAUUGCUAUUGUUACCGGUGCACUGAGGAUUCGUCUUGACGAUGGAGGCGUUGUUCAGGAGGCGAACCUUAUCUAUGGUGGCAUGGCUGCUAUGACAACUGCCGCCAAAACCGCUGGGGAAUACCUUGUUGGGAGACGUUUCGCCGAGUUGGAUACUCUCGAGGGCACAAUGAAUGCACUUGGUCGCGACUUUGACUUGCAAUUCGGUGUUCCAGGUGGCAUGGCGUCUUACCGGAAGUCAUUGGCUUUCGGUUUCUUCUACCGAUUCUAUCAUGACGUCCUUACGAUACUGGACGGCAGCUCCGAACAGGUCGAUAAGGAGGCGAUUGACGAGAUUGAGCGAGACUUGUCAAAGGGAGAGGUCGAUCAGCAUGCUGCUGUAGCCUACAAGAAGGAAGUGACUGGAAAGUCCAAUAAUCAUCUGGCGGCCCUCAAGCAGACGACAGGCGAGGCACAGUACACCGACGACAUUCCUUCGUUCAAGAACGAGCUCCACGCCUGCUACGUUCUUUCAAAACGGGCACAUGCUAAGCUCAUUUCUGUUGAUUACGCGGACGCUCUGGAGAUCCCUGGUGUAGUGGACGUUAUCGACAAAGAUGAUAUGCCAUCCCCAGAAGCCAACAAGUUCGGCGCACCGCACUUCGACGAGGUCUUCUUCGCUGAAGACAAGGUCAUGACCGUGGGUCAACCUAUUGCACUUGUUCUAGCAACUUCUCCCCAGCGGGCUCAGGAGGCGGCUCGCGCAGUCAAAAUUGAAUAUGAAGACCUACCAACAGUGCUUUCGAUAGAAGACGCUAUCGCAGCCGACAGCUACCACAAAUACUACCGGGAGCUCAAGAGUGGAGAUACAGAGAAAGCUUUCAAAGAUUGCGACCAUAUUUUCACUGGAACCGUGAGAAUGGGUGGGCAAGAACAUUUCUACCUUGAGACGAACGUCUCUCUGGCUGUUCCCAAGCCCGAGGAUGGGGAGAUGGAGAUCUUUGCCAGCACGCAGAAUGCUAAUGAGACGCAAGUCUUUGCCUCACGCGUGUGCGAUGUACAAGCCAACAAGGUUGUCGUCCGUGUCAAACGUAUGGGUGGUGGUUUCGGUGGAAAGGAGACGCGGUCAGUGACCCUCAGCUCUGUAUUAGCGCUCGCAGCAAAGAAGACGAAGAGGCCUGUCCGAUAUAUGCUGUCGCGAGAGGAAGACAUGGUUGUAAGUGGCCAGCGACACCCCUUCCUUGGUAAAUACAAGGUCGGAGUCAACAAAGAUGGCAAGCUCCAGGCCUUGGAGUGCGAUGUCUUCAACAAUGCAGGUUGGACCUUUGACCUCAGCGCAGCUGUGAUGGAACGCGCAAUGACCCACAUCGAUGGUUGCUACAGUAUUCCCAAUGUUCUUGUCCGAGGACGACUGUGCAAGACGAAUACAAUGUCCAACACGGCAUUCCGAGGAUUCGGUGGGCCCCAAGGUAUGUUUAUUACUGAGACAUUCAUGGAAGAAGUGGCCGACCGGUUGGGAAUGCCCGUCGAAACGUUGCGACAAAUCAACAUGUACAAAACAGAUGGCCAAACGCACUUCGGACAAGGCCUGGGAGAUUGGUUUGUGCCACUCAUGUACAAGCAAGUACAAGAUGAGUCUAUGUAUGAAGCUCGCCGACAUGUUAUCACCGACUUUAACCAGUCCAACAAGUGGAGGAAGAGGGGUCUGGCAUUGAUUCCAACCAAGUUUGGUAUCUCGUUCAACGCUCUGUUCCUGAAUCAGGCUGGAGCAUUGGUGCACAUCUAUCACGACGGAUCUAUCCUGGUGGCUCACGGUGGCACUGAGAUGGGACAGGGCUUACAUACCAAGCUCACGCAAAUUGCCGCCCAGGCGUUGAGUGUCCCACUGGAAAACGUCUUCAUCUCGGAGACUUCGACAAAUACGGUGGCCAAUGCGUCUGCGACAGCUGCUUCAGCCUCUUCUGACUUGAACGGAUAUGCUAUCUUCAACGCAUGCGAGAUCCUGAACGAGCGUUUGGCGCCAUAUCGAAAGAAGCUGGGUCCUGAGGCUACGAUGAAGGAUCUUGCCCAUGCUGCUUACUUUGACCGAGUCAACCUUUCUGCGCAAGGCUUUUACAAGACACCCGAGAUUGGGUACGACUGGAACACGGGCAAGGGCAAGAUGUACUUCUACUUCACUCAGGGAGUUGCUGCAGCCGAAGUGGAGGUUGAUCUGCUAACCGGAACAUGGACCUGCAUACGUGCAGACGUCAAGAUGGAUGUUGGUCAGUCAAUCAACCCGGCGAUUGACUAUGGCCAGAUCCAGGGUGCGUUUGUCCAAGGUCUCGGACUUUUCACCAUGGAGGAAUCGCUAUGGCUGCGAAACGGUCCGAUGGCAGGACAUCUCUUCACUCGAGGUCCUGGAGCAUACAAGAUCCCUGGUUUCCGCGAUAUUCCCCAAACUUUCAACGUGUCUCUCCUCAAAGAUGUCGAGUGGAAAGAGCUGCGAACAAUCCAGCGCAGUCGCGGAGUAGGCGAGCCUCCCUUCUUCAUGGGCAGUUCUGUCUUCUUUGCUAUUCGAGAUGCGCUCAAGGCAGCUCGUGCCCAAUCGGGAGUCAAAGCCGAGGUUGGCGAUGACAACUGCAAGGGACUUCUCAGACUUGAGAGUCCGGCGACGCCUGAGAGGAUUAGGUUGUCUUGUGAGGAUGAUAUUAUGCGCAAGGCAAGAGUUGUGCCUCAGGAGGGAGAAAAGAGUUUCUUUGUGGCUAUCUAA